GGACUCGUGGGAGCACUCAACCUAGAAAUUGCCGAGCACCACAGCAGACCGCCAUUCCACCAUCUGCGGGGUGUGCGGAGAUGGUGCUGGUCCCGUGGAAGCGUCUGCUCACGCUCGUCGGUUAGCGCGGGAAUAAGAGUUCGGCGAAGGGACGUCACGAACAUACGGUUGUAGAUUUUUCGUUUUUCCUCUCCGCGGGGGAUUCUUGAGCUCGCCAGCUUCGCGGGCAGAGCCGUUGACCCGGCGGCGGGUUCGGUGUGGGCGUCCGUGCGGGCGUGGGCGUGGCAUCGGCGGGCGCGGCAUGGCGGGGUCGGUGUCGGGCGACGAGCUGGCGGGCGGCAAGGCGCUAGUGCCGUUCCUGCAGCGCGCCGACGAGCUGCAGAAGCACGACCCGCUCGUCGCCUACUAUUGUCGUCUGUACGCGAUGGACAAGGGGCUCAAGGUGCCGGGCAAGGAGAGGAGCAAGGAGGUGAACGCGCUGCUCGUCUCCAUCAUGGGCCGCCUCGAAAAGGACAAGGCGGCCCUGCAGCUGUCCCCUGACGACGGGCUGCACGUGGAGGGCUUCGCCCAGAGGGUUUUCAGCAAGGCGGACAAGCAGGACCGCGCUGGCCGUGCUGACAUGGCGACGGCCAAGACGUUCUAUGCGGCGGGCAUCUUCCUCGAAGUGUGCAAGCAGUUCGGCGACCUCGCCCCUGAGGUGGAGCAGAAGCAGCGGUAUGCCGUGUGGAAGGCGGCCGACAUCCGCAAGGCGCUGGCGGAGGGCAGGCGACCCACGCCAGGCCCGCCGGGAGGCGACGCCGAUGCUGCUGACAGUGCUGCCACCGGCUCUCUCUCUGCUGCUCCACCUGCUGCGUCAGCCCCUUCUUUCGCCCCUGCCCCUCCUGCACCACUCUCCUUCCCCUCCGCCGAUUCCCUUGAUGCCACUGCCGGCACGUUCCCCUUCCCACAUGCCUCCAGUAGUGAUGCUGGCUACAGUGGCCCCAGUAGUCACGGUGGUGCGGGUGGCUCUGCCAGACUGCAGGUGGCCAGGCCAGUGGGAUCGGGCGGGGGUGCUGUGCCGUCCCAGGCGCCCCAGGCGUAUGCCCCUCCGCCUCAUCCACCGCCGCCGCAAGCAGACCCGUAUGCCCAAGGGUCGCCCUACUCGCAGGGCCCUGGGGGGUACUCGCAUGCAGCCCAGGGGCAGGGAUCUCAGACAGCACCCCCGCCUGACAGCGCCUUCAUCACAUCCUCUGCGCCCUCCCAGCCCCCCGCCCCCCCUUCCUCCUUCACCUCCCCACCCACCUUCACUCACUGGACGCCUGACUCUCACUACCCCUCCGCCACUCCACCCUCCACUGCCGCCCCUUCAGCCCCCUCAGCAGAUGGGUGGUCCCAUCCCGCUGCCACUGCUUCGGCGCUGGCCUACCAGCAACCACAGGCAGCACCUGUAGGCGCCUUUUCAAACCCCAUCUUUGGCAUGCCACCUGCACAGAAUGCCGCCCCUGGGGCUGCCCCCGCUGCCAGUGCCACCGCUGCUGGCCUUGCUGGGUUCUCCUUCAUGGCAGGGGGUGGUGCUGCUGGCAGUGCAAGCCAAGGCAUGGGGGGGGCGGGGGGUGCCGCUGGGGCACAGCCAUCGCAGAUUUCUCCCCAUUCUGCAUACGGUGGAGGUGGUGGGGGUGUGGCGUCUGGUGGAGGGACGGUAACUGGAGGAACAAGAGUAGGGCAGAAUGUUGUAGUGGCAGCAGAUGGACCUACUGCAUCACCAUCUGUGGGGAGGUUUUCAAGUUCUCAAGGCCCAGGUCCACGCGAGAUAGCGGAUGCUCACAAGGCUGCUCGAUACGCCGUGAGCGCGCUUGCAAGCGAUGACGUUCCGACCGCUGUUGAUUUUAUUAGAAAGGCCUUGGCUUUGUUGGAGCCUGGUGGGGGCUUUUAGACAAAAAAGUACUACGAUGUAGUUGAUUGAUGUGUGUUAUGAAUGAACAAGCAGAGUAGCGCGGAAAUGAAUAACGAGAUGUUCACUCA